AUGGCGCAAAGGUACGACGAGCUGCCCCACUACGGCGGCAUGGAGGGGGUGGGCAUCCCCACCACCAUGUACGGGGACCCCCACGGCGCCCGCCCCAUGCAGCCCGUCCACCACCUCAACCACGGGCCGCCGCUCCACUCGCACCAGUACCCGCACGCCGCCCACGCCAACGCCAUGCCCCCCGCCAUGGGAGCCUCCGUCAACGACGCCCUCAAGAGAGAUAAAGAUGCCAUCUACGGACAUCCCCUGUUCCCUCUUUUAGCACUGAUUUUUGAGAAAUGUGAAUUAGCUACAUGCACACCCAGGGAGCCCGGGGUAGCGGGAGGCGAUGUUUGCUCCUCUGAGUCUUUCAAUGAAGACAUAGCAGUGUUCGCCAAACAGAUCCGAGCAGAGAAACCCCUCUUUUCCUCUAAUCCUGAACUGGAUAACUUGAUGAUUCAAGCCAUACAAGUAUUAAGGUUUCAUCUGUUGGAAUUAGAGAAGGUACACGAAUUAUGUGACAAUUUCUGCCACCGGUAUAUUAGCUGUUUGAAAGGAAAAAUGCCUAUCGAUUUGGUGAUAGACGAUAGAGAGGGCGGAUCAAAAUCGGACAGUGAAGACAUAACAAGAUCAGCAAACCUAACAGAUCAGAAUCCCUCCUGGAACAGAGACCACGAUGAUACAGCGUCAACGCGUUCCGGGGGAACCCCCGGGCCCUCCAGCGGAGGACACACAUCGCACAGUGGGGACAACAGCAGUGAACAAGGUGACGGCUUGGACAACAGUGUAGCUUCCCCCAGCACAGGUGAUGAUGAUGAUCCAGAUAAGGACAAAAAGCGACAUAAAAAGCGUGGCAUCUUUCCCAAAGUAGCCACAAAUAUCAUGAGGGCAUGGCUGUUCCAGCAUCUAACACACCCUUACCCUUCAGAAGAACAGAAAAAGCAGUUGGCACAAGACACAGGGCUCACUAUACUUCAAGUGAACAAUUGGUUUAUUAAUGCUAGAAGAAGAAUAGUUCAGCCCAUGAUAGACCAGUCCAAUCGAGCAGGCAAUCAAGGAACGCCCUAUAACCCUGACGGGCAGCCGAUGGGAGGCUUCGUGAUGGACGGCCAGCAGCACAUGGGCAUCCGAGCGCCAGGGCUGCAAAGUAUGCCAGGGGAUUAUGUGUCUCGGGGUAGUCCAAUGGGUAUGAACAUGGGACAGCCAAGCUAUACCCCACCCCAGAUGCCCCCCCAUCCCGCUCAGCUGCGUCAUGGCCCCCCCAUGCAUACCUACAUUCCUGGACACCCUCACCACCCAGCGAUGAUGAUGCAUGGAGGACCACCCCACCCUGGAAUGCCCAUGUCAGCAUCAAGCCCCACAAUGCUUCAUACCGGCGAGCCAGCAGUGAGCGGACAAGUGAUGGACAUUCAUGCUCAGUAGCUUAAGGAAGUCUGCAGCGAUGGUAGAUUUUUCAAACAAUUGUCUUUCUGCAAUGACUACGGAGUUCUUGGCGUCAAUUUUGGACCAAGGGACGUUCUGAUUCU